AUGCAAAUCUGCUGUCUAGACCUGGAGGGCGUCCUCCUGCCGGAAAUCUGGAUCGCGGUCGCCGAACAUUUCCACAACGACGACCUCAGGCUGACCACACGGGACAUCUCCGACUACGACCAACUCAUGCAGCACCGGUUGAAGGUCCUCAGGAAGAACCGGAUCCGGCUGGCCGACAUCCAGGGCGUCAUCGCCGGCAUGCAGCCGCUCCCCGGCGCCAAGGCCUUCCUGGACGACCUCCGUGCACAUUUCCCGGUGGUGGUGCUGCUGUCGGAUACCUACUACGAGUUCGCCAUGCCGCUGAUCCGAAAGCUCGGGAACCCGACGCUGCUGUGCAACUGGCUGACGGUAAGCCGAACGGGGUACAUCUCGGGCUACGUGCUGCGCCAGCCGGACGGCAAGCGCAAGGCCGUGAAGGCGUUCAAGGGAAUCGGUUUCGGAGUGGUGGCGGCGGGAGACUCCUACAACGACCUGAGCAUGCUGCGCACCGCCGACCGGGGAGUGCUGUUCAAUCCACCGGACGCCAUCGUCAAGCGCUAUCCCGCCUUUCCGGUGGCACGGGACUACCCGACGCUGGGUCGGUUGCUGAAACAAUAA